ACACACAGAAAUUCACUCACUCUCACACAUCUACACCAACUGAUCAAGUUACGUGGCAAAAUAUGAAGAGGAAAAUCAUCUUUAUAUACUGCGCCAAUCUGGUAUUUUCUUCGGAGUUACGGUUUUGCUUUCCUCGUCAGUCGGUUCCUGCAGAAUGAAACGGCCAGGAUCCCUACUCUUCUUCUUUGCCGGAGAGAAAAUUCUCUUCGCAGCUGUUGUCAUUUUUGUUGUUACGUGUGUUUACAAGUUGAGAGACUUGAAGUUGACAGUAAACGCAUGUGACCCAAAGGCGAGGCUAAAGGGUCCUUUGGAGUUGGACAGCCAAGAGUUGCUGGAAAUAAUCAGGCUAAACCACCUCGCACCACCAUCAGACCUGCCACUUAACCUGACGCGUCAUAACGACGUAGAAUACUCCCUGAACCAAUACGAGUUCGGCUGGGAGUUCAUCCAUUUCUACAGCAAGCAGUUCUUCAGCGAACAACACAAGCCCGGGUUCUUCAUAGAAGCCGGUGCCCUGGAUGGGGAGUUCAUGUCCAACACCCUCUGGCUGGAAUGGCAUCUGGGCUGGACUGGACUCUCGAUCGAGCCUGAUCCAGUGAAUUUCAAGUACCUGGUCUGGAAGAGGAGGAAGGCGUGGCUCUCAAACACCUGCGUUUCUGAGAAGGAGUACCCGAAAGAGGCGGUUUUCGAGACUCUGCAGCAGAGGUCAGAGUCCUACGCCAUGCUGUGGCUCUACCGAGCAAACUCCAGGAGGACUGGAACCUUUCUGACCAGUCUGGAAGGGGACUUUGCAGACUUCUCAGCGGUUGCUUAUUCGACGGUCCAGUGCUUUCCAUUGGCGAGUUACCUCUUGGCCUUGAACGUGUCCUCGGUGGAUUACCUGUCCCUCGAUGUCCAGGGGAACGAAUGGGACAUCCUGAAGAAUAUUCCCUGGAACAGGACAGCCAUCAGGGUCUUGGCCGUGGAACACUAUCGCCACGACGCGAAAACCAUCGAGGAAAGAGACCAACUGGACCAAGAUUUUGUGAAUUACAUGGAAAGUAUUAAUUACCUCUUCAUUGACAGUGACGACAAAGCCAAUUACAUAUUCGUUUCGAAAGACGACGCCAUUGCUAAAAUGAGCCUGAUCAAAUAUAAGGAUAGGUAUGAAAAUUCGGAGAAGUCAUCAGUGAAUGAUGAAAGCGUCAUGAAAAACUCCUAAUUCGGUGCCUAGCAUCAAAGAUACUAAACUUCAUUGGGUAAAAAGGAUGUUGACUGAGUAAUGUGUCAUAUUGAGAUUUGUCUACCCUUUUCUUGGAAGCUGUGAUAAGAUAAUGAUUUUCAAGUAUGUGGCUCUUUUGCGCUCAGUAUAAAGUUAACGUGGUAUAAUAUCAAAGUAUGUUGUGUAUUGUAGCCAACAUAUGUGACCACAUUCACUAACAACCAUUGUAAUUGGCCUGUAUAGUG